UAGCGUUGUCCCUGGUAGAACGACACUCGGAAAAAUGAUGGUUGUAGGGAUUUUUAGUAUUCUGUAUUAUUUGUUUGGAUUGAAAGUAGUCAAUGGUUAUUAAUGUCUGGGAAAUGAAAGAAGGCAAGGUUUUGAGUGAAUUGUUGAAAUCUAUUUGACACUUGGACAUAGUGGUUUGUCGUGUUGAUUCUCUUAGGAUGACGGGAGGAAAUAUUGAUCCCGCAAAUAGUAAUGCAGGGGAUCGUCGCAACGAUAUUCUGGAACUCGCACGAGCCAUUUGUGAGGCCGAUAAUCAGAAGGCGCAACUGCCAAAGGUUCAAGUUGCCCUCUUCGAUGGCACCAAUGCCUCAACAUGGGUGGACAAGUUUGAACAAUUGGGCAGUUGCUGCGAAUGGUCGAGUGAGAAGAUGCUUCAAAUGGUGAAGCGAUAUUGUAUGGUCGAGUACAAAGAGGAGGUGUCGGAGUUGGUGCAAGCUUCGCGCGACUGGACGGACUUCAAGGCCAAAUUAUUGGACAAGUACCAAUUGGGGGAUCAACUGCUCGAUCUGGCGGACUUACGGAAAGUCAGCCGUCGGAAAUUUGGUACGGCCAAGCAGUUUCUCACGGAGUUCGAACGAGUUGCGCGCUUAGUGCCUGAUCUUCCUGAUAAGGAUCGGUGCCUCAUCUUCCUCAAAAACUUUUCAGAAGUUGAGCAGCGAGAACUGAUAAAGGAUAUGACUGGACGAUACGACUGGCCAAAGAUCAAGGAGAAUUUGUUGGCUGGAAGUUUCGACCAGAUGCUUUACCGUCUCCUGAAGCAGCAAAAGGAGGACCGCGAGAAGGAAGGGGUAAGCGCGGACAAGGAUCAAGCCGUUUACAAAACCUUGACUGAUAUGCGGAACAUGAUGGCUGACAUGAAGGAGGAAAGGUUGAAGUUGCAAGUAAUGAUGGUCCAAACAAAGGGUGGAAAAAGGAAGGGAAAAGCUCCCGUCGUGGAGGAGGUGAGUAGUAGCAGCAGCGAAGAGGAAGAUGAGGAGGAAGUGGAGCCCGCUCGAAAAAUGACCAAGGCAGAACGAAAGGCUCUGAAUCAAAUACGAGGAGGGCAAGGCACUAGCAAAAGGCAACGAAACAAUAAUGGAGGAGGUGGACAAGGAAGCAACCAGGAACAGGCGACGCAGACCCCUCCUCAGCAACCCCAACCUCAGGCAGGAGGCCGGGGCCGAGGUCGAGACGGCCAAGGAGGUCUUACUGAUGGUACCGCGUCACAGCCUGGAUCGCCGUCGGCAGGGCGUUUGAUGGCCACCACAAUCUUGUCCCGUCUUGCUUUCAAGCGACCUGCCACAGCUGACCUCCCACAAACUCGGAGGGCUCGAAGGCCGUCGCGGCCAAGGGCAGCACCGGAAGAAGGGCCAAGUCAGCCUUGGGAAACCGAGACGAUUUCGAUUGAAGAAGACGAUGGCGAGGAGGAUGAAGUGCUGCGAGCCGAGGAUGAACGGCAGGCCAAACAACGGGUCACGGAGAGGGACCCAGAAACGGACAAGGCUGAUAUUGGGGAAGGUGAGUUGAAAAGGAAGAAGCAAGUUUACACAAUCCGGGUGGAGCAAGGGCUGGAUAUCGAGCAAAUUGUGGACCGGAUUCUGGAGAGCCAAUGCGAUUUGUUCACACUCAAGCAAUUCUUGGCCGCGUCAUCGAAAAUCCGAGAGGAGUUCAGACACCGACUGUCAAGGAAAAAGGUGAUGACGGUUAAGAUGAGUGAUAUCUUUCCUCAAGAGAUUAGUUGGGCUCCGCCUGGGACAAAAAUGGACUGGCACUGUAUAACUACUGGGUUGUUGAAAGUGCAAGUUGGGCCGUGUGAAUAUUCAGCGCUCAUCGAUGAUGGGGCUGAAAUGAACAUUAUACGGGAAAGAGAAGCCAUGGGGGCGGGAGUCAACAUCAAUCGAGCAGAUACUGGAUUUCUGGUGGGUGCAAGUGGGAUAACUCCCUUUUGCGGAACGGCGAGUGACGUGACGGUACAAGUUGGUAAAGUGAAAGUCCGUUCUUAUUUUUAUGUGUUACCCAGGGUUGAGCAUGCCGUGUUGCUGGGCACAACUUUUUUAUGUCGAUCAGAAUCCAUCAUCUUUAACAAGCACGAUGGUACUAUGAUCGUGGUUUUGUGUGACACCGUAUGUGGCUAUUACGAGGUGCUGAAGUGUGAGAACACAGGACCAACCAACUCAAGGAACCGACUCAAUCCGGGGUCCUACUCUUUCACGGAAUCCGAAAGACUCAGAAGGGAGAAGGAAUCCCUCGGAGAAGAGAGCGAUCCCCAUGAAUUUUCUCUUGCUCUACCCAACAUCUCUCAAGCGAUCGAGUUCGUUGCGACAGACUCGUCUUCUGAGGGUGAUGCAUUGGCGGAGCCAGAAGCCAAGCAAGGGCCUUUUUUAGAGGUGGACGACUUGGAGUUGGAGCGAAACGUAAGUACAAGAGAGUAGGCGAGAAAGCUCGGCCGGUGUCCAUCUUGAUCACGC